AUCGUUUGUAUUGUUACGUCACAUACAAGAUCGCGAAGAAGGAACAGCGGAUGUUACGUCAUAUCGCUGUACGGAUUGCCAAUAUAACGCGAUGUUCGAUGUAGAUUGCUCAUAUUCGACAAGAUGAUGAUUCGAAUCUUACUCCUCGUGUUCGGUUUGGUCGAAGUAAGCCUGGCACAAGUUGAUUACGCGACGUUGGAUUGUAACGACACCGUCACGAUCGUCGUAAACGCAACGAAGCUGAAUUUAAACGCGUCGAACCUUGUCAUCACCAAGUCGCUAUCGGAGUCAGAAAGCACAUGGUGUCGCCCUUUGAUGAGAGGGGGCAUUGACCCAAACGCCGUAGAGUUUCAAAUCCGACCAGUCAAUGGCUGCUUGCCCGUUAUCAAGGAAACGACUGUGUACAUCAACUACACCUGGACGGUGUGGGUUUAUAAUGGUGGAUUAGCCCCCGCAAAAGGGGCUCCCCCUAUACUACGAUACAAGAGCUUCUGCCUCAAGUUCUCGUGUUGUUUCGCCAACAAAUACAACCUAACCGCUCCCUAUGUUAUCCCGAUGAUAGAGAAGGUCACACGCCCUACUAUAAUGAAGCAAGGGAAAUUCCAAUUCAAACUUGGUUACUUCGACCAAGCAUACGGGGGACAACUUAAAAACCCGGUUAAUGUACUUGUACCAAACCGUGUUUACUUGAAAAUCUGGAUGAAUGUUUUCAAUCCCAACAUUGUCGUCAAGCUGCUGAUGUGUUGGGCGACACCUGACAACAAUCCGGAAAACAUGAAGAGAUAUAGUUUGAUUAUGGAUGGGAAAGCGGUAAUGAACCAAGGUGAUCCAGCCGAUGCUGUUGUUAUCACCAAGAAUUGUAAACCAGGAGAUGCGAGGUUUAACUUUAUGUCGUUUGUAUGGGUACCUGUACCACCACCCGCACAAAUGAUAUUUGUUCACUGUAUGGUGAAGAUCUGCAACACAUUGGUGCCGGGUAACAACUGUACGACGAACGCGACUGCUCCAAGUGGCCGAAAGCGUCGUGACGUCAUAGGAGGGAAUAGUGACGUCAUAGAAGACCAACACGAGGUAGUAUCGAGCGGACCAAUCAUAUUCCACCAACCUGUUAGUCCAUGCAAAGUGAACAACGGCGGUUGCCAAGGUUACUGUACCGUGGUUGCUAGGCGACCAGUAUGUUCGUGCCCAAGCGGAAGUUCGCUCAACCGGGACGGGUACAGUUGUGACGUAGAUGAAUUAUUGUACAAUGAUAACGUCAUCAUAUACGUCAUGAUAUUCAUUCUGUUCGGCGUCGUCGCCUUCUUGUACAAAAAGCAGCAGAAGUGACGUCAUCGAAGCUAAAGUUACGUCAUUGACAACGGAAAUGUUAAAUCGGAUUUUUUUGUUUUAAUAAACGGAAUGAAUGCCUAA